AUUUUAAUUUAAAUAACUUUCAAGUGGUUGUGAUUAAUAUGGCUUACUAUUAAAACAGAAAAUAGUAGCCCCACCAAAUUUAAAAGGUUCAUUCAAACCACAGUUCAAACGGUGCUGAUCAGUUUAGUGUUUAGUCUUUCGAUAGAAUGAGAAUUGGUUAACGUGAUACGGUAUGUUUCGGUCUUUUAAUUAAUGAGUGAUUGUGCUUUUUGAUUUUGACAAGGAGUAAUAGUAUUAUUAGCCAUGUCGACGCUAUUUAGAAUUCAUGGAGAAUUUUGCACCAAUCACCCAUGGGAAGUUAUUGUAGCUACGUUCACAAUUAUAGCCUGUAUGUUAACAAUUGAAAGACAGAAUCCUGGAUUUCCAAUAAGGACGCAAAAACCCUGCUUAGAUUGUCAUCAUGGGAUUGAUGACAAUUCAGCUGAUAUUAUUGUGAUGACGAUUAUUAGAUGCCUUACUGUUCUCUACUUCUAUUAUCAGUUCAGGAAACUCUUGAGUUCGAAAUACGUACUUGGUAUUGCUGGUUUAUUUACUGUAUUUUCCAGCUUUGUCUUUACUUCAGCUGUAUUAAAUAUUCUCAGGAUAAAAACAAGCGAUCUAAAAGAUGCUCUGUUUUUCUUCCUUUUGUUAACUGAUCUACCUAAAGCAGCAACAUUAGCCAAGUUCGCUCUGAAUGCUAAAAACCAGAAUGAAAUGAAGAACAAUAUUGCUAAAGGGUUAUCGGUUUUAGGACCCACGAUAACGCUGGACGCUGUAGUUGAAACGCUUGUUAUUGGUGUAGGAACACUAUCAGGUGUACAAAGGUUAGAAAUGUUAUCCUGGUUUGCUUGCUUAUCGGUAUUAGUUAAUUACGUAGUGUUUAUGACAUUCUAUCCAGCAUGCUUGUCAUUAAUAUUAGAGUUAUCGAGAUGGACAAACUUCUACAAGGCUAGAGAGUCUUUGCUUAACAUAGCAUUUAAAGAGGAAGACCACAAGUCGAACCCGGUAGUUCAGCGAGUAAAACUAAUUAUGUCAGUCGGUCUCUUAUUGGUUCAUGCUCAGAGUCGUUGGUCAUUCGAAAAUAACGAUGUGCACAUUAUGAGGCCGCUUGUUCAACAAUCUCUCAAUCGCACCGAAGAACUAAUAAGUCCACAUGAGCUAUUUUUAAGGUGGUUGACGAAUAGUACUAAUUAUAUAGUAUUACUGGUUCCUUUAGUAAUACUUGUUAUAAAAGUAUUAUUUUUCCAAGAAAAAGUGGAAAGUGUUAAACAAAUAGAUAAGCCUAUGUCAAAGCCUAAAACACCAGAAGUUAAAUCAAUGCCGAUAUUCCGUUUUAAUGAUGAACCAUUAUUCGCGGACAAGCAAAUUCAAACGUCAAACACUGACCAAGUUGAAGGUGACUUCCCUCCAGAUGAACCCAUAUCCAACUUAUGCAGAAGUUUAGAAGACUGUUUAAAAGUUUACAAUAAUAUUGACUUGGGUGCUACAGCCCUUUCAGAUGACGAAGUACUGCUUCUGAUAAAGAACAAGCACAUUGCUGCAUAUCAAGUUGAAAAGGCAGUCGAUGAUCCUGAACGUGGAGUAGGAAUAAGAAGAAAAUUGUUAGAAAGGGAUCUUCUAGUAGAAUCGCCAGUUUUAAAGGAUUUGCCAUAUAAAAAUUAUGAUUAUUCAAAGGUCAUGGGAGCAUGUUGUGAAAACGUCAUUGGUUAUAUGCCAGUGCCAGUUGGAUACGCAGGCCCACUUCUUCUAGAUGGGAAAGAGUUUCAUAUUCCUAUGGCUACCACGGAGGGGUGUCUUGUAGCUAGCACCAAUAGGGGAUGUAGGGCUUUGAGGAUAAACGGAGUAAACAGUAGUGUAGUUGGAGAUGGCAUGACUAGAGGACCAGUUGUCAGAUUUCCUUCAAUUGUCAGAGCCAGCGAUGCAAUGAAAUGGAUGCAGGACAAAGAAAACUACGUAAAAAUCAAACAACAAUUUGACUCGAGCAGUAGAUUUGCUAGACUCCAAAGAAUGACAAUAAAAAUUGCUGGAAGAUAUCUAUUUGUAAGAUUUGUUGCAACUACAGGAGAUGCUAUGGGAAUGAACAUGAUAUCAAAGGGUACGGAAUUCUCUUUGAAAUAUGUGCAACAAGUAUUCACAGACAUGGAAAUUAUGAGUCUCAGUGGCAAUUUUUGUACUGAUAAGAAAUCAGCAGCCAUCAAUUGGAUUGAAGGUAGAGGUAAAUCAGUAGUGUGUGAGGCUGUUGUACCAGGUCAAAUAAUAACCGAUGUAUUAAAAACCAGCGUACAUGCUUUAAUAGAUGUUAAUAAUUCGAAAAAUCUGAUUGGUUCUGCAGUUGCAGGCAGUAUAGGCGGUUUCAAUGCACACGCUGCAAAUAUAGUUACUGCAAUAUUUAUAGCUACAGGGCAGGAUCCAGCUCAAAAUGUUAGUAGCAGUAAUUGUAUGACGUUGAUGGAAGCAUGGGGACCUUCUGGGGAAGAUUUGUAUAUAUCUUGUACCAUGCCUUCUAUUGAAAUUGGAACCAUUGGAGGAGGUACAAUACUGCCUGCCCAGGGAGCUUGUUUAGACAUAUUAGGAGUGAAGGGUGCCAAUUUGUCUGAACCCGGUGCUAAUGCUUGCCAACUGGCUAAAAUUGUAUGUGCCACUGUGUUAGCUGGUGAAUUGUCUUUAAUGUCAGCCUUAACAGCUGGACACUUAGUUAAAAGUCAUUUAAGGCAUAACAGAUCAACGACAUUACUAUUACAAGCUUUUGACAGAAGUAAAAACAUGUAUUUACCACCAUGCAAGGACAAUAUUUGAAAUUUAGAAUAAAGAUAAUUGGAAGGAAUAAAGAUGGACUAGAGAAAUGGGGUUUUAAUGUGCAAGAUGAUUGUAUAAAAUUAGAUUUAGUUUGGUUUACAAACUGAUAGUAAAGUCACGGCCAAAUUUAACUUUAUUUGACAUAGGCACUAAGUAAGAAAGUAUGAUCCAAUUAAUUAUUUUUAAAAUAUUUAUAAUAUGUAUGUUGAACAUGCAUAUAAUAGGAAGUAUAGUUUAAUAAUGCUUAGGAAAUAAAUGAUUUUGUGACGAAUUUUUAUAAUAAAGAAAAGUGAAAUAGAAAGUGGAUAAAGUAUUUUUAGAUUUAAAACACAAGGAUUAGAAUAAUGUUUCUGUUUCAUGGAUUUCUUUACAUGGUAUAUCCUAAGUGUACCAAUAAAAAAGAAUUUUGUCAAUAUUGUACCUUAUUUUCUGUAAUGUAAGCUUUUGUCUUAAAUACGUUCUUACAUGUAGUCAGGAGAAAUGAAAAUAAAAUAGA